AUGGAUCCAAAAUCUCGCACCUCACCAAGUCCCUCUAAAGUCCUCUCACCUCUCUCCUCACAGCGCAUGAACCGACAAGCAACACCUGAUUCUCAUACACUGCCUUCAGAUCUUUUGCAGCUCCAGCGCAAAAACUCUAACGGCAUUUCGGAUGUCCAAAGCAAGGUCGCUCGUCUCAACAGUAUGGCUCAUGGAAACAGAUCAGCUUCUAGCGUAUCAUCAUCGGGAACAAAUGCUGCUCUUCAACGCGCUAUAGUUGGCCGCGAGGAGGCAGAGUCAGCACUCGCUAGUGUAUCCGCCCAACUGUCAGAGGCCCAAUCUCGAGAACGAAGAAUUAGCGAAAGGCUGGAGUCACUGCUGGAAGAGUUACACUCAGCAAAAGAACGCCAAACUCACGAGAGAACAAUUUUCGAGAAGGAAAUUAGAAAAGCCAGAAAAGAAGCGUUCCGAGCAAGUUCUAUCUUAGUGAAAGUUCAAGAGGACUUGAAAGCAUCCAAAGAGGAGGUUGUGACGUUGAAGGAUGAAGUCAGGCUUGAACAAGAAGCCAAAGAGAACGCUACGAAAGAAGCCAGCGAGCGCGCGGAUACUAUCACGUGUCUUACUGAAGAGAUAAGGACGCUGAAAGAAAAGAUAAACCUCAUCGAAUCAAACAACGCCUUAGAUGCUUUGGAAUCUCGAGAGACGCGCAAAAAGAACGCUGCGAAGGCUUCUUCAGCUAAAGCUUAUGAUGCUUCUGAAUCACCAUGUCAAGGGCGAACGGGAACGCGCGAAGAAAGCGGGAGAAGAGCAUCAUCAACUCGAGGAAACGCUGCGGUAGACAGUCCGGCAGGAAGUCUUAAAAGAGCCUCUGAAUCUGCUGAGUCACCCUUCUCAGACGAUGAGGACUUCUCCGAUGUAUACAGCAUUACCCCUCUUAAGAGACAGAGGGUAUGGUCGGAGUUUGUUACCCCGAAGGAAGAUGAAGAUACCAUUGGGAUUGAUUCCCCUACCAUAAAGAUCCUAGAACUCCGAGCUAAACUGCAAUGGGAGAAGAAACUGAGGGCUGAGGCAGAAAGAACAAUUGAAUUUAUGUGCAUAGAAUGUCAAUUCAAGGCAUGCCGUUGCCGUAUUGCAGAGAGUGAGGGGAGAGAGUACAUCUACGAUUUCGAAUACCACGAGAAACAAAAAGCUGCUGAAAGGGCAAAGAAAGAGGCAGAAUUAUCGAAUGAGAGAGAUCAAGGCUUCAUAGCACCUGAGACAGAAAACAGGUCGCGUUCUCAUUCUCCUUCUAACGAGGCCGCGAAGCCAGAAACUGGCCACGAUGAUAAGGCCCCCGAGGAGGAGCUUUUGAUAACAUUUUCUCCGGAAACAGGAACAUUUCGAACCAUCCCUUCCCCUGUUCGAUCCCCGGGAAAAAGCCUUGAAAGUGAUAAACCCGCUGUCUCCAGACCAGAAUAUCCGCAGCCUUUUGAGAUAGAUUUACUCACUCAAUCGCCUAUCAAGGUUGAAAAGAAUAACCAAUCACGGUUCGAGUGCGCUUCUAAGAUUACGGCCCCUAGCCAUGAUCUUUUCUCCCCAACACCUCCAUCACGAACCGUUGCGGAAGGCCACACUGGUCUUUCGUUACUGCAGGAAGAUAGCUUCGAGGGAGAGUCAAACGCUGACGAACACCCCACAACAACGAAGGUACCCUUACGUAUGAGUGAAGACUCCUCAGCAAAUUCUUUUCUCACACCAGGUACGCCAAUUAGCCGAGAAGCCGCCCUUGCACAGAUCCGGGCAAGGAGGGGGAAAACCCGCAGCAUGACAAGAUGCGUCAGUGCAGGUGAAGGAAAUCUUCGCUCUGGUGGGAUGGGUGUGACCCCUCUCGGAGGCGCGAGGCGCAUUCCUGGACUCCAUACCAAAGCCAACACUGGACAUGAAUCAGGAGAGCGGAGGGAUAUAAGCGCGCCUAUGCGAUUAUUCCGGAGGUGA